UUGUUAAACUUGAACUCCCAUACCACAUUCUUUUGUAUGGCCACGCUCGUUUUGUUACCCCAGGUUCAAUAGGUCCUUAUACUCUGAAGGGCAGGCUUACUCAGUACGACGUUCUCGCAUCUAUGAUGCUGACUGCAAUUUCGACUACCUGCCUAAGUGUCUUGUUUUUUAUAUAGCGAUUUAUUGGAAUGUGAUUCUCGAGGAACAGUCUACAAACAACAUCAAGAAAUAGCCGCCGCCACACGAUCCCUAGUCGCAAACAUGCAAUUGACUACUCGACAUCUUCAUCUACUAUGGCUUACUCCCACAGUCGUGCUAGGCGCACUCGAGGUUGAUCUAGACUCGCCAGACUCUAUCAAAGCUGCGGCGAAACUAGUCGCCUACGACUUGAUGAAAUACUACCAUGGUAACGAAUCCGGCCAUGUACCAGGUAUCUUACCGGGACCUCCGCCGGACGGAGACUACUACUGGUGGCAAGGCGGCGCGCUCUGGGGCACGAUGAUAGACUACUGGCACUACACCGGGGACGAGACGUACAACGACGUGACGUUCGACGCGAUGCAGUUCCAGGUCGGCGAGCACCGGGACUACGCGCCGCGCAACUGGACGCUGUCCCUGGGAAACGACGACCAGUCCUUCUGGGGCAUGUCGGCCAUGCUCGCUGCCGAGAACAAGUUCCGCGACCCGACGGGCGACGAUCCCCAGUGGCUCGCGCUCGCACAGGCCGUCUGGAACCAGCAGGCGGACCCGGACAGGCACGACGAUGAGUGUGGUGGGGGGUUGCGCUGGCAGAUAUUCCCGACGAAUAGGGGCUAUGAUUAUAAGAAUACCAUCGCAAACGGAUGCUUCUUCAACAUGGGGGCCCGCCUGGCCCGCUACACCCACGACGAGAAAUACGCCAAGAUGGCAACGGAAACAUUCGACUGGAUCAAGGCGGUCGGGUACAUCGACGACGACUGGAACGUGUUCGACGGCGGCCACGUGCCCUUCAACUGCACCGACGUCAACCGCCAGCAGUACUCGUACAACGCGGCGAUUCUGCUCUCGGGGGCCGCGUACAUGUAUGACUAUACCAACGGCAGCAAAGAAUGGGAAGACCGCGUGACCGGCCUCCUCGACGGCAUGGAGCGCGUCUUCUUCGUGAACGAGACCCUCUACGAGCCCACCUGCGAGGCCGGCGCCUGCUCGACCGACAUGAUCAGCUUCAAGGGGUACGUGCACCGGUGGCUCGCCGUGUCGACGCAGGUGGCGCCCUUCACGCGGGACCGGAUCACGGCGCUGCUGAAGUCGUCGACGCGCCACGCCGUCAACCAGUGCACCGGCGGGGACAACGGCAGGCAGUGCGGGUUCCACUGGACGUCGGGGGUGUUCGACGGGAAGACGGGCGCGGGCCAGCAGAUGAACGUGCUGGGCGCGCUGUCGAGCCUGCUGGUGCUCGACGCCGAUGUGCCCGCCACGAAUAUGACGGGGGGCACGAGCCAGGGGGACCCGGACGCCGGGGCGACGGGGCCGACGCUGCCGGAGCUGCCGCCGAUCACGACGGGGGAUAGGGCGGGCGCGGGGGUCGUGACGACGUUUAUUCUGGGGAGUAGCAUUGCGGGGCUGCUUUGGAUGGCUUUGGAUUGAUUGGCUUCUGGAUGUUUGGGUGUAUAUGUAGGUAGAUAGGUUUGCAUUCGGCGUUUGACUUCAAAUUGAGGGUGUUAGCGUAUAUACUACCUAUGUAAAUACGUCUGUCUUUAAAUUUUGCUUCGAUCUUAUUCAGUCGCAGAUGUGAAGGC